ACCCAUAACGACUCACGACUAACGGCUAUCUUCAUCUAAUAUGGCUUCAAACUUUGAGUUCACCGACAAGGCGCAGGAGACCCUCGCAGCUGCCAUCCAGCUUGCGAAGGACUAUGCGAACGCACAAGUGCACCCAUCACAUAUUGGUUUUGUGCUCUUGAACGAGAAUGCCGGCGACCAGACAGCGCCGGGAGGUAUCACACAUACCUCGGGAACAUCCCUGUUCUCUUCCGUCAUCCAGAAAGCAGGAGGUGACCCGGCUCUCGUAAAGCGCGGGCUCCAGAAACUCAUUGUCCGACUACCCGCCCAGUCACCACCUCCUGAAGAGACGACUCUCAGCUCCGCAGCACUAAAGGUGCUGCGUGAAGCUCAGUCGCUUCAGAAGACGAUGCACGACUCGUACAUCGCCCAAGACCACCUCAUUCUUGCCCUCAUCAAGGACCCGUCAAUAGGGCCGAUCUUGAAGGAGGCCGGCUGCAAUGAAAACACCGUCAAGACCGCCGUCGAGCAGGCCCGAGGAAACCGGAGGGUUGAGAGCAAAACCGCUGAGCAAGGGUUUGACGCCCUGAACAAGUACGCCGUUGACUUGACGGCACUUGCGGAAGAGGGCAAGAUCGAUCCUGUCAUCGGACGGGACAACGAGAUCCGGAGAGUGAUCCGUAUCCUCUGCCGAAGGACAAAGAACAACCCGGUCCUCAUCGGUGAACCUGGUGUCGGGAAGACCUCCAUCGCCGAAGGUCUUGCCCAGCGUAUCGUCAACCGUGAUGUCCCUGCAUCACUAAUUGGCCGUCUAUUCUCCCUCGACAUGGGCGCCCUGAUGGCUGGUGCCAAAUACAAGGGUGAAUACGAGGAGCGUAUUAAGUCUGUCUUGAACGAGGUCGAGAAAUCGGCUGAGGAAGGACAGACGAUCAUCCUCUUCAUCGACGAGCUUCACCUCAUCAUGGCUGGUCGGGGCUCCGAAGGCGGAGGAAUGGACGCCGCUAACCUCUUCAAGCCGUUGCUUGCCAGGGGGAAGCUGCGGUGCAUUGGCGCGACGACCUUGGCCGAAUACCGCAAGUACAUCGAGACCGAUGCGGCUUUGGAGCGGCGGUUCGCUCAGGUCAUUGUCAACGAACCUAGCGUUCCCGAGACCAUCAGCAUCCUGAGAGGCAUUCGGGAGAAGUACGAGGUUCACCACGGCGUACGGAUCCACGAUGGCGCUCUGAUUGCGGCCGCGCAACUGGCUCACCGGUACUUGACGUCAAGACGCUUGCCAGACGCUGCUAUUGACUUGGUAGACGAGGCUUGUGCUAGUGUCCGUGUGACUCGCGAGACAGCUCCUGAAGCAAUCGAUAAACUCCAGCGCAGGAAACUCGAACUCGAGGUUGAGAUCCAUGCACUGGAGCGCGAGAAGGACGAAGCAAGUAAAGAACGUCUCCAGAUCGCGAAGAAAGCUAUCGCAGACGUCGACGACCAGCUUCGCCCAUUGCAAGCGGCGUACGAGGAAGAGAAGCGUAUUGGCGACCAGAUCCAUGAAGUCAGGCGCAGGAUGGAUGAGCUUCGGGCGAAGGCCGACGAAGCUGAGCGCCGCUACGACCUUGCGACUGCCUCCGAUCUUCGUUACUAUGCUCUGCCAGACCUCCAAAACAAGCUGGCACAGCUAGAAGCUAAGAAGGCAGAGGAAGAUGCCCGCCGUGGUGGAGGAACCGAUACUGUCACGCCAGAGCAGAUUGCGGAGAUCGUCGCAAGGUGGACGAGCAUCCCAGUAACGAGGUUGAUGUCGACGGAGAAGGAGAAAUUGCUGAGGAUGGAGAAGGUUCUCAGCGAGAGCGUCGUUGGCCAGCCUGAGGCUGUCAAGGCCGUGGCGAACGCUAUCCGAUUGUCGAGGAGUGGAUUGAGGAACGCUCAGCGCCCCAUUGCAAGCUUCCUGAUGGCUGGUCCUAGUGGUACCGGUAAGACGUUGUUGAGUAAAACGCUCGCAACGAUUCUUUUCGACUCACCAGACGCCAUGAUCCGUAUCGACGGUUCUGAAUAUUCCGAGAAGCAUUCAAUCGCUCGUCUCAUUGGUGCUCCUCCAGGGUACGUUGGAUACGACGCUGGUGGGCAGCUCACGGAAUACGUUCGGCGCAAGCCAUACUGCAUUGUCCUGAUCGACGAAAUCGAGAAAGCAAGCCGAGAAUUCGUCACGCUAUUCCUCCAAGUGCUUGACGAUGGUCGGUUGACCGACGGUCAGGGCCGCGUCGUCGACUUCCGCAACACGGUCAUCAUCAUGACCAGCAAUCUUGGCGCUGCCUACCUGAACGACAUGGGCGAAGGUCCUGUCAAGCCAGCCACUCGGGAACUGGUGAUGGGCGCCAUCCAAGGUCACUUCCCGCCAGAGUUCAUCAAUCGUAUCGACGAGAUCGUCAUCUUCCGCACGUUGUCGCGGAAGAACGUCCUCAACAUCGUUGACAUCCGCAUCAAGGAAGUCCAGGAUCGUUUGGUGGACAGGAAGAUUACUCUGGACCUGGAUGACCAGGCCAAGGAGUACUUGGUGUCCGUCGGAUACUCGCCGACGUACGGUGCUCGUCCUCUUAACCGUGCAAUCCAGAGCGAGCUCUUGAACCCGCUGUCCGUGAUGAUCUUGUCGGAGCGUGUGCGCGAUGGCGAGAUUGUCAAGGUUAGGUUCGAUCCUGCUCACAACAGGCUGGCGAUCGUACCCAACCACGAAGGAAGCGGCGAUGUGGACGGUAUGGAUGUCGACCUGGAGGAUGACAUAGAAAUUGAGGAGAUGGACUAGAGAGGGCUUGUGAAGGACUCAAUAAACAAAACUGUACGAGUAGUAUAGCAGCAUUGUAGCAUAUUUCCUUUGUACUUGUACUGUAUAAUAAUAGCAUCGCAAUACAUUGACGAUAAAAUGUCUCUGAAUCC